AAUUGGUAUCAGCCACACUGCACAGCUAUCUAUCAACUUAUAAUAGUGACUUACCUAGUGAAUCCAGUCAAGAAUCUCAGUUUGUCAUCUCCCUUUGUGGUACUGUUACCAAUAUUGCAGCAUCUGCUUAUGGAAGAGAAUAUUUGUCAUCUUGUCCUGAAGGACAGGAACUGUUGAAAAACAUGUGCUCAGUGUUGGCUACAGCCCCCCUCUCUCAAGGAUGUGCUAAAAUUAAGAGUCUCAUUCUUAUGCUCCUCUAUAACAUCAGUAUUAAUCAAAAAGGACUAACAUUAUUAAGAUCUGAACCCGAUCUACUGAAAAUAUUAAUGUGGCUAGCUAAAGAGGAUGUUUGCAGUACAGUGUCAUUGUAUUGUCUCCAGUUGGUACAGUCACUUAUCCUUGAGCCAUUGACUCCAGCACUAAUGCAACAAGUAAUGGAAUCAGUUACUCCUGAACUACUACAAGAAUUUGCUUCUUCUAAAAGUGAAGAGUUUAAGCAAGUGGCUUGUGAAUUGAUGGUGGAUAUUCAAAGGCUUUAAUGACAAUACUUCUAUAAGCUGAUAACUGUUUCUAAUAAUUAUGAAUCACCUAAGUCACUUAAAACUGAU